UCACAUUGGGCGUUGCUUAGCUGACUAUAAAUUCUUGAAUAAACUUCUACAGAGCCCCUGCACUCUUUACUUACCCCCAAACUACCGUUUCAGCCUCUGCGUGUCCUGUGCUAAUUUCUGCAGCCAUGACUGAGUUGGAGAAGUGCAUGGAGUCCCUAAUUUUGACGUUCCACAAAUACGCCAAAGAAGAUGGUAACGAAAAGACCCUCACUAAGAAGGAACUGAAAAAAUUAAUGGAGAACGAGUUACCCACCUUCCUUGCAACCCAGAAGAACCCCAAAACUGUGGACUGCAUCUUGAAAGAUCUCGACCAAAACAGAGAUGAUAAACUGGACUUUGAAGAGUUUCUUCCCCUCAUCGUUGGACUCUCGAUGGCCUGUGAGAAGUGUUACGUGCUCCAUGAACAGAAGGCAACCAAGAAGUGAAGGCCAAACACGAGGGAGAAAAAUGGUGUAGAUUGUUAUUUUUUAGAGGAAAGCACAAAUGUGUGCCGUAUUCACAAGUAAAAACUACCUUUGACAAGA